AUCCGGCGCGCGCCACUUCGCGAUUUCUGUCGUCGUUUGAACCGCGCCGCGCGCUUUCCGAUAUGUCCAGGGCCCGUCGAACAUAACCUCACCGAAUUGUAACGCGCUCCGCGUGAUUACCGAGUGUUUGCCAACGCGGUACCAGCAUAGCCGCCCCCAACGAACACAUCUCUUUCAUUGUCCGUCACCACACCAUCAUCUACAACUGUCAACAUGACUACACCGGCGGGCACGCAGAAUGGCUCGCCGCGUAAGAAGUUGCGGACACAUGCCGACAACAAGGUGUCAGUGGUACUCGGCUCCCAAUGGGGCGACGAGGGCAAAGGCAAGGUCGUGGACAUGCUGGCCACUGCGGCCGACAUCGUGUGCAGGUUCCAGGGUGGUAACAAUGCCGGUCAUACAGUCGUCGUUGGCGGUGUCGAAUAUGAUUUCCACAUGCUACCAUGUAGUAUUAUCAAUAAGGACUGUCAAUCGUUGAUAGGUAAUGGAUUGGUUGUGCACGUACCUGGCCUCUUCGAAGAAAUCAAGAAGAACGAAGCAAAAGGCCUGACUGGCUGGGAGAGUCGGUUGCUGAUAAGCGACAAAGCGCACAUGGUCUUCGACUUCCAUCAGAUGGUCGACGGGCUGCAGGAGAGCGAAAAGGGGCAGGGCGAGAUCGGUACGACAAAACGGGGCAUUGGUCCGGCAUACACCUCCAAGGCGUCGCGCAUUGGCAUCCGGCUGGGCGAUCUUGUCGGCGACUUCGCUAUCUUUGAGCAAAAAUUCAAGUCACUGGUGGAAGUGCACAAAAAGUCUUACGAGUCGCUGGUAGUGAACGUGGAGGCGGAGUUGGAGCGGUACAGGAAGUACGCGGAUAUUCUGCGGCCCAUGGUAGUGGAGACGGUCUCCUUCUUGCAUAAUGCACUUAAGGCUGGAAAGAAGAUCAUGGUUGAGGGGGCUAAUGCUGCUAUGCUGGACAUAGAUUUUGGCACGUAUCCGUUUGUCACAUCGUCAAAUUGUAGUGUUGGUGGUGUCUGCACAGGGCUUGGUAUUCCACCGACGAAAAUCGGCGAAGUUAUCGGAGUUGUCAAGGCAUACACAACCAGAGUCGGCAAGGGACCUUUUCCUACCGAGCAAACAAAUGAAAUCGGUGAAUUGCUCUGCAAGCGGGGCAAAGAAUACGGUGUGACGACAGGCAGAACGCGCCGCUGCGGGUGGUUGGAUCUCCACUUUCUAAAAUAUACCAAUAUGAUCAACGGCUACACGGCACUAGCCAUUACCAAGUUGGACAUCCUCGAUACGUUACCGGAAUUGAAAAUCGCCGUCAAAUACAAGCUGAAUAACAAGACGCUGGACUACUGUCCGUCUAGUUCUUCGGAUUGGGCGAAUGUUGAAGUCGAAUACAUCAGCGUUCCCGGUUGGCAGACGUGCACGGAAAAUGUCCGCGAAUGGUCCGCACUGCCAGAAGCGGCAAGGCACUACAUAAUCCAAAUUCAAGAGAUUUUGGAAGUUCCUAUUAAAUGGAUUGGUGUGGGUAAAGGCAGAGAAUCGAUAAUUACGAUUCAAUGAUGCAACCGCACAGGGUUAGCCAUGCGAAGAAUUCUGUUCUUCGUUUUAUUUUUCUUAUAGUAUAAGUGUUUUCACUUUCGGUGCGGGCUGCGAAAUUUAAUAUUAGUAUUAACACCGACAGGUGGUCGUUUCUUUCUUUGUCUUUGACGGUUAUUUGUACAAUUAUGAAUAUUUGUUGUUGAACGCACAUCGACUUUCACUGCGAUUGCGACGUGAUCAAACGCACCCGUUUUUUAAUAUGUUGGUAAAAAAAUUUGCCGGUUUAGGAUUAAGCAUCAAAUCACCUGGAGGUCGUCUAAACAUCGACUAAACUUUCAUGAAUGAAGAAAAUAAUUGAUUAUUAUAUGCUAUUAAAUGUAUUAACAAUUAAACACAUUAAAUUGA